AUGAAUUUAGUGUUUUCUCUAUUGACUCUUUAUGUGGGAUAUAGUUAUGGAAUUAUUUACAGGCUUAAUGAUACCUCAUACGCCCGGAUGCCCCCCAUCUACAAGAUGGAUAACUAUGAAGACUGCCUGGCCACGAGCACCAACCAGUACUGCUUGAUCCACUUCACUUUGGUUUCAGAUCAUCCAAACGACCUGUUAUUUAUGAUACAGGAAUAUUCGAUGAAAGAGUCAACACACUUAAACUACACAGAACUAAGAUACGGCAUUUGCGUAGAAAAGAAAUGCGACGGUUACAAGGGGAACAAAUCUUUGAUCUCCGAAGAACAUCUCGAGACGUGCCUUAAUGAGACGUUUUCGAAGAAUUAUGAAUCGUUGAAAACCAAAAUAACAGAUGUCGCUUGCAGUUCAAGUCAACACGGGACAUUUUUAAAUAUCAAAGCCGGAGACUUGGUCGUUGCUAUAGUAAUAUUUGGAAUCAUAUUACUGAACUUUGUUGGAAGCUUAUAUGAUGUAUUCACAGCUAGCAAGAAGCAUCAAGGUCAAAAAGUCCUCUUAUGUUUUUCGAUUCGACGGAAUUGGAGGUGGUUAUGGUCGACGGCGGACUUCGGAGACGAGAUGCGUCGAUUUCAAAUUUUAUAUAGCAUAAGAGCUUUGAUUAUCGUUGGAAUAAUUUCAGCCCACGUUCUCCUGCCAUUUCUACUGAUCGGAAACAAUCCAAGAGCUUUAGAAGACUCAUACCUAAACCCGAUUCAAGCGAUCUUCCUCAGUGGCCCAAUGAUCAUACAGACUUACUUCGUGAUGUCUGGAUUCCUCCUAGCUUACAAGAUGCAAAUACAUUUCAAGAAACAUAACGUCAACUUUGCAUUUAUACCGAGGCUAAUAUUUUUCAGAUGGUUAAGAUUAACACCUCCCUACGCUUUCUUGCUUGCUCUCAUGGCGACUUGGUUGAGGUUCUUGAAAACCGGUCCAUUUUGGGAGAUAACAGGUGGGAUGGAGGUGGCGUCUUGUCGGAAUCGUUGGUGGUUGAAUCUUCUUUACGUUGACAACUACUUCUAUCAUUCUCAGUGCAUGCCACACACAUGGUAUAUAGCCGCGGACAUGCAGUUAUAUAUUUUUGGCGCUGUGGUGUGUCUUAUAUUAAGGCACAUCAAACGACCGACCUGGGUCCUACUUCCUCUGUUCCUGCUGGGAUUAAUCAUACCGACUGUUCACACAUACGUGCAGGACUUGGAUCCUAUGCUUAUUUUAAAACCAAAAGGAUGUAGUACUUUCUUCGACGACGACAAGACCUUCAACGAAGUGUACAAGAGGGGCCAUACGAAUAUGGUGAGCUUUGUGAUUGGACUGAGCACAGGCUACAUUCUCAUGAACAUGUGGAGAACUAUAGACGCUUCUAUUAAAAAAUUUGAGAAAUAUUUCUUCCUGCUUUGGUUCAUCAUCCCUGUGGGAGCGGCCUUCAUGUAUCUCGGCUCGGUGUUCUACAGGGACGCACCCAGGGACCCUCUUUAUAUAAGGACCUUGUUUGCAGCCAUCUCGAGGCCUUUUAUGGGAUUUUUAGCGGCGUUCUUUAUAUUGGGAAUGAUAUUAAAGAUUGAGAGUUUGAAAAUUAAAGAAGACGCGCUGAGAGAGCACAGUACACUAAACACCUGGAGACGGCAAGCUAAAGAUUUCCUGAGAGUGGUAAUGAAUUGGGAUGGAUGGGUGGUACCAGGCAGGUUAUCUUACUGUGUCUACUUACUGCAUCUUCCCAUCUUGAGAAUCUCCACCACCAUGGCUACGAACCUCAUUCCCGCAUCACCACUUUACAUAAUUGCAGCUCUUGCAGCAUUAACAGCAGUGUCCUACGUAUUAGCAGUGCCGCUAUCCUUGUUGGUAGAACUACCAUUCAUUCGGCUUAUAAAAGAAGGAUGUACGAAGGCACCAGAGCAAGAGAAUCAGACUAAGACGAGGCUAUAG